UUGUUCGGGGAAGACGCUGCUUGAAACAACUUAUGUUACGGAACACACAUAUAAGGAGCUUUGUUUAUGUUCCUCUCACUUUGCACCUAUGUUUCAUAAACGACUUUCUGUUAUGGAACAUUCAGGCUCGCACAGUGGUCAGCGGCUGCCAAGGGUAAUGUCUACGGUCACCUGGAAUGGAACCGUGCAAUGCUGUGGCCCGGCGUCCCAAAGGAGCCGGCAAGAGCUAUCGCAUGUGCACGACGUUUCGGGUCGGCGGACCAUACCAUGUCUACGCCGACGCCUUCUGUACACGGACCAUGCCACGGCAUGGUCCGGCGCCUCCGGGACGUCGGACCAUGGCACGGUGUCGUCCUGUGGGCUCGGGGACGGCGGACCAUGCCAUGGUGUGGUCCGGCGGCUCGGGGACGUCGGACCAUGCCAUGGUAUGGUCCGGCGGCUCGGGAACGCCGGACCGUCCCACGGUAUGGUCCGGCUCGGAGAUGCCGGUCCAUGCCAUGGUAUGGUCUUGCGGGCUCGGGGACGGCGGACCAUGCCAUGGUAUGGUUCGGCGGCUCGGGGACGCCGGGCCGUGCCAUGGUAUGGUCCGACGACUCGGGGACGACGGACCAUGCCGUGGUAUGCUUCGGCGGCUCGGUGACACCGGACCAUGCCGUGGUAUGGUUCGGCGGCUCCACGAUGCCGGACCAUGUCACGGUGUGAGGAAACCCGGGGAGGGGUCGUCCAUCAUUCGCUGAAGCCAAGGGCAACAGCGCCUGUUACUCGCUGCGCCCGCUUCCGAGGUCCUCAGUGACCAGCGGGGUGAUGGGUGUUUCUGCCCGUCUGUCACGCUUCCUUUUGAAGUCUGUUGUUAGACACCAUUCUUCGUGUGCCGAGAGGAAGAGAAGGGAAUUAGGAUUCAACUGGAUAUUUGUUGUUUCCUAGAUCUGGGAUCAGUUUGGCCAGGCUCGGAACAACUAACUAGUCAAUAACUCUUUUCCAAUAAUUACUCGAGAGUGGCUCGAGAGCCUGACCACAGGCUCGGAACAGCAAACCAAUCAAUAGGCUUUUUUCUCCAAUAAUUACUCGAGAGACGCUUGAGAGUCUGGCCACAGGCUUGGGACAGAGAACCAAUCAAUAGGCUCUUUUGAG